AUGGAUCUAGAGCUGGGAAGUGCAUUGAAAAGUGGUGCGACGGGGUGUUGGCAGAGCGGCGACGGCGCGGGCGCGGGCGCGGGGUCGGAGGCGCGCAUGGAGGCGCAGCGGCAGCGGCUGCUGCAGCUCGUCUACCAGCACGCCAGCCGCGCGCUCUUCAAGGAGCACCGCCUGGCGCUGGCCAUGCACCUGCUGCACCGCAUGUUCCCCGACCACGCCCCCCACGCGGAGUGGGCGCUGCUGACGCGCCAGGCGUCGCCGGCGGCGCGCGUCGACCUGUCGCGCGUGGGCGAGGGCCGGCCGGCCUGGCUGCCCGACGAGCGCGCCUACGACCUCCACCUGCUCAAGGCGGCGCUCCCGGAGCUGUACGCGGAGCUGCGCCUGGAGGAGGAGGCGACGUGGCAGGGCUUCAUGCACAGCGGCGAGUGCGAGGCCGCGUUCCCCGUGCAGCUGCGCGCGGUCACCGCCUUCCAGCGGGUGCUGGCCCUGCAGGCCCUGCGCCCCGACCGCCUGCACUCGGCCAUGCAGCAGCUCGCCCUGCAAACGCUGCGAAAAGUUUCGUUGGUGUCGCUGGGGCAGGGGCAGGCGGAGGUGGCGCUGGAGCGGCUGGAGGCGGCGGCGCGCGACGGCCACUGGCUGUGCCUCUCCAACCUGCACCUCGUCACCGCGUGGCUGCCCGUGCUGGAGAAGCGCCUGCGCGACCUGCAGCCGCACGCCGCCUUCCGCCUGUGGCUCACGGCCGAGCCGCACCCGCGCUUCCCGCCGCUGCUGGCGCAGGCCUGCCUCAAGGUCGCCUACGAGGUGAGCAAUCAGGACGCACGCAAC